AUGGUUCCCACAAUAUUCUUUUUCCUUCAGUUUUCCAGUCUCUUAUAUCUUUUCACAGCUUCUUUUGCUUCCACUGAGGAAGCAACUGCUCUUCUCAAAUGGAAAGCAACUUUCCAUAACCAGAAUAAUUCCUUAUUGGCUCCUUGGACACUAAUUACUGAUGCAUUCAGGGAUUGGUACGGAAUAAUAUGCUUUAAUAGUUGGAUAAACAGGUUGAAUAUUGCAAAUGCUAGCGUUACUGGUGAUUUAACUAAGCUCAAGAGACUAUACCUUCAUUCGAACCAAUUUUCUGGUCCCAUUUCUGGUGAAUUGGGGAAUUUGAAAAACCUCACUGGUAUGGACUUGGCUCGUAAUCAGUUUAGUGGUUCAAUUCCAAUUACUCUAGGUGACUUAAUUAAGCUCAAGAGACUGUACCUUUCAUCUAACCAACUUUUUGAUCCCAUUCCUAGUGAAUUAGGGAAUUCGAAAAACCUCACUAUUUUGGAAUUAGUCGCCAAUCAGCUUACUCUUGACGAUGAUUUGAUCGAUAAUGAUUUGAAUGAUUACAAGAACGAUGGAAAUCAUCCAAUUAAUAUGGAAGAUGAUUCUAUGCAUAUGGAAGACUUUUCAUCGAACUCGCAAGAUGAUGCGGAAGACUGUGGAACGGAAUCACAACCAGGACACUCCUUCACCGACGGAACCAAUUUCUAUUAUGGUCAAACAUUCGCCAAUAAGAAAGAGCUGAAAAUGCUACUAGACACAAUAGUGACGAGGCAGUCUUUUGAUUAUUAUAUGGAGAAGAGCUGCACUAAAUUGAUUAAGGCGAAAUACUUAUCUCGUGGUUGUGGCUGGUUGUUUCGGGCAAAAAAGUACGAUACCUUACAAAAAAAUCUUUCUUGGUAG